AUAUAACUUUAUCGAUAAGUAAAACAGAUGUGCUACGUAAUACGAAUUUUAAAAAUAGUGGCGGUAGUGUACAGGGAUGAAAAAGAAAAAGAACCGAUGACAGAGGGAGGCUUCGGUCAUGCGGCUAUUCUUCGAGGGGCGGUGGGAGGUUUCCGCGCCGCGGCCACCACCCCUCCCAUCUCCUUACUUCCCCCCUUCUUCCCCGUUUGUUUACGCACGCGAUCGCGUCGUGUCGCGUGCGUGCGUGCGUGUAUUACACUCUGCGACGUCGUGCUCGCGAUCGCACUGUACAAUACCGUGCCGUAUCGUGUUAUAACUUAUCACGGCAACGGUAUGCCCAGCAAAAAGAAAAAGUACAACGCUCGUUUUCCAGCGGGUCGUAUCAAGAAGAUUAUGCAGACGGACGAAGAGGUCGGAAAGGUCGCCCAAGCGGUGCCAAUUAUAAUCUCUAGGACCCUAGAACUGUUCGUACACUCUUUGUUAACUAAAACCAUGCAAAUUACGAGUGCCAAAAAUGCCAAGACUCUAAGUCCAUCUCAUAUGAAACAAUGUAUCCUGUCAGAGAGCCGAUUUGAUUUUCUAAAGGAUCUAGUGAAAUCUCUACCUGAUGUGUCGGGACCCGACGACGAGAUAUCUAUGUCACCGGAAACUCCUGCUCCAUUGCAAACUAAUGCACCAAGCACAGUUACUUCAUGUUCAACAACGACGCAUCCCGAUCCAUUAGAGUAUCAAAAACACUUGGGACUGCCAGUCAGCACUGAAACAAAUGCAAAUAACAGUAGUACAAGAGACAACGGAUCAAGUGUGGUUUCGAAUUUGAACCUCACAAAUCAAAAGGCCGCGAUGACAGUGACAGGACAUUUGCAGGUUCCGGAAUUCCACACGUCUAUACCCACGGCCUUCCAGAUUAGUCGACCAAAUUUUUAUACAGAGCUUAACCCGAGUGUGAGCGAUCAGCCGACGUCAAAUUUUGCUCGCACUGCUAAUAUCGAUGAGGAUUAUGACACAUAGUAAUUCUCCUCGUGAAAUCUAAAAAGUUCAAAACUUAUUAAACGUGUAACGCACGGAUUAGCUGGAGUACACAGUAGAAAGGACACGCGCGUACACACAUCAAAAACAUCUUUUAAUUGCUCACAUCACUUGUAAAUUUAGUGUCAUUUAACAUUUUCAAAUUAAAACAUUUCCUUAUUUGUUCAUGUACAUGUUUUAUACAAGAUUAGAACUAUACAGAUUAAACAAUGAAGUUAUUUAUCAUAUUUUUUUAUCUUAUUUUAAGCAAAUUAUUUAAAUUAAAGGAAACUUUAACUUUCGUAAAUAAAUGUCUAUUUAAUCAUUAUUAUACAGAUAUAUAUCUUGUGCGCUAUAAAAUUACGUAACAUAUAUAAAAUUAUUAUCGCGUCAAGCUCGUCAAAUUUAGUGUUUUUUAAACAGAUAUUUGUAUGUGUAUGUAUAAUGUAUAAUACGUUCUGUAUAUUUUUUUUACAACUAUACUAUUUCAUGUCGAUUUGUACUUUAAGAUAUCUGUAUUUAGUUUCUUUAUCUUAUCUUUUUUCAAAAUGGUUAAAGGGGAGAAAGAGAGAGUGAGAGUAAGUGAGCGUGUGAAUGAGUCAGAUAUCUUUUGACAGCUUCAUAAAAUGUAAAAAUUAUUAAGAGAACAUAUUACAACAAAAAGUUCCAAGAAA